AUGCCUAAACGUAAACGUGUUGUCCUUACUAUGAAAGAUAAAUACGAGAUUAAUAAACGGUUAGAGGAAGGCGAAUCUGCAACCAAGUUAUCCAAUGAAUACCAAGUUGGUAAGUCUACCAUUACGGAUAUAAAAAAACAAAAGAAGAGCAUAAAUAACUUUAUAUCCCAGCUUGAUUCUUCUGACGGAUCUACGAGUCGUAAUACGAUGAAACUUGCCUCAAACACGAAUUUAGAUGAUGCUGUAUAUAAGUGGUUUACUCAAAAAAGAUGCCAGGGAGAACCUAUUUCUGGCCCAAUACUGUGUGAAAAAGCGGUUCAAUUUAACGACAAACUAGGAGGGACAUCUAAUUUUCAAGCAAGCACAGGCUGGUUAAAACGAUUUAAGUCAAGACAUGGCAUUCGUGAGCUUCAAAUACAAGGAGAAAAACUAUCUGUCUAUCUUUCAUCAGCAGCUGAACUAAGGGAUAUACUGAACGAAGAAAAUUACGCUCUGGAAAAUGUUUACAAUGCAGACGAAACCGGGCUUAAUUGGAAAGCUUUGCCGCGAAAAACUAUUGCUUCACGUCGUGAAUUAGCAGCACCUGGUCCUAAAAUAAGCAAGGAUCGUAUCACUGCCUUAGUAUGCGCUAAUGCUACUGGCAGCCACCGAUUGCCCAUGCUUGUAAUUGGCAAAAUUACUUUUGGAAAAAGAAGAGGAUGGAGAAGAAAGCCUGAUAAAAAUCGUAAAAAGAUUGAUUUAAAAGACGCGUCCUAUAUAAUCGGAGCAGCAUGGGACAGUGUAAAAGAACAGAAAUUGAAAAAAGCGUGGAAUAAAGUUUUGGGUAUAGGGGAAAAUCCUCAAAAUGGAUGUGUAAAUGAGAAACAGGAAGAUAUGUCUGAAAUGAUAGAUAUGCUAAAAAAUCUCGAUUGCCACGAAUGUGAUGAAGAACAGGUUCAAGAAUGGAUGGAUAUCGACGAUGAAGAUCCCGGGUACCAAAUUAUGCAGGAUAACGAAAUUUUCGACUUCAUGACUAAUAAGGCUGGCACCACCGCUAGCACCACAUCAACUACAAGUUCAGAUAAUGAAGAUGAAAACAUAGUUACUACAAGUGUUUCUGAAGCGUUUACUUGCUUAGAUAUUGCCUUGCGCUGGUUUGAAACUCAGGCCGAGAGCAACCAGUAUCAAAUAUCUGUUCUCAAAAAAGUACAUGAUCUAGCCGAUCGUAAGCGGGUAGGCUUGCUUCGGCAGAAGAAGAUUCCAGAUUUUUUUAAGCGUUAA